AUGACGUCAAAACUUUUACAGGGAAACGGAGAACAAUGCGUAUUGUUCUCGGACGCGGCCUCGUACGCUAUCCAGCUACUUCUGGGUUUGGUAGCCAUUGCAACGCUCUGGUACAAGCGCCACGUUGAGCGCCCGCGACGGCCAUUGCAGAUUUGGCUUAUGGACAUUGCCAAACAGAUGAUCGGCGCGUCAGUGGGCCACAUAAUAAAUCUAUUCGUAUCCAUUCAAAUGCCACCUGUGACAGACGAGUGUGCAUGGUAUUUCCUCAACUUCCUCAGUGAUUGUACGCUCGGUAUGAUUGUGAGUCUAGCGUUUCUUCGGUUACAACAAGAGCUGGCUUUCUCCAUGAAUUGGGUAAAUAUCCAAGAGAGUGGCGAAUAUGGUAAUCCGCCGUCGUAUCGAGUGUGGGCACUCCAGCUGAUGUCGUGGCUAGUUAUUAUUGUCUUUUCAAAGGCCAUUGUGGUUUCCGUGAUGAUAGCAGCGGCCACACCCCUCGGCCUCGUUGGUGAACUGCUUUUCCAUUCAUUACGUGGAUAUCCAUUUACAGAGCUAGUACUAGUCAUGAUUGUGUGCCCAAGUUUUCUCAAUAUAGUACAGUUCUGGAUUCAAGACAGCUUUCUCAAGCGCGAUGUUAGUGUGCUGCCCACCUCAUUUGCGCGGUUUAGACACUCAUGUGAAGAGACUUUGCAAACUAGUUUGCUGUCUAAUUCAUACGAAUAA